CGCCACCACUGUCCCUCUCCUCGCACACUUCGCCCCUUUCUCUUCCCAAGCGGACUCAGAACUAUGUCGUCCGAAAUUCCCGCCUUGAAAAAGCAGAAGCUGGACACGAAGGUCAUUGGCACCCAUAAUGGCACCUUCCACUGCGAUGAGGCCCUCGCUGUCUACAUGCUCCGCCAGACUGCGACAUACAAGGACGCCAACCUUAAGCGCUCGCGCGAUCCUGCUGUUCUUGACACAUGCGACAUUGUUGUCGAUGUCGGAGGCAUCUACGAUGAGGCGAAGCAGCGCUUCGACCAUCACCAGCGCGGGUUCACCGAGGUCUUUGGCCACGGCUUCAGCACGAAGCUGUCUUCGGCCGGUCUCGUCUAUAAGCAUUUCGGCAAGGAGAUUAUCGCGUCGCGCACACAACUCUCCAUCGACGACCCCAAGGUCCAUACCUUGUGGCUGAAGCUCUACGAGGGCUUCAUCGAGAGCAUUGAUGCUAUUGACAACGGCAUCUCCCAGUACGACACCGACGUCAAGCCUCGGUACAAGAUUCGCACCGACCUCAGCAGCCGUGUUGGCAGCGUCAACCCGUCGUGGAACGAGUCGGUCGACCCUGUGCACGUCGAUGCUCUCUUCGAGAAGGCGUCAGCCAUGACUGGUGUCGACUUCUCCGACAAGCUUAGGGGAUAUGCCAACUCGUGGCUUCCUGCGCGCGACAUCGUCGUCGAGUCGGUGAAGAAGAGCAAGGCUGAGGUUGAUCCUACCGGGCGCAUCAUCGUUCUGUCCCAGUUCGCUCCUUGGAAGGAGCACCUCUUCGAGCUCGAGGCUGAGCAGGGGACGACUGGUAUCUCGCUUUACGUGCUCUACGAGGAUGACACGUCCCACGAUUGGCGCAUCUCUGCCGUUCCUGUCUCGCUCGACCGCUUCGGUGAUCGCAAGUCCCUCCCUGAGGCGUGGCGUGGCGUACGCGACCAAGAGCUCAGCAAGAUCUCCGGCAUUGGCGGCUGCAUCUUCGUUCAUGCGUCCGGCUUUACUGGCGGCAACAAGACGUACGACGGUGCCCUUGCGAUGGCCAAGGCGGCCCUGGAGAUUUAGACGGGCAUGCGGGUCCAUGAGAAAGUACAAUGAUCAGCGUUCGUAGGCUUCCUACACAUCAGGAUUGAUGUGUAUGCUUCACGUCGAAGCAUAUACCACCAAAGGUGGUAUUGCAGGGCAUGACCCCUGCCCGAAGUUGCUCAAAGCAACCUGACAGUCCGUCGGACUGUACAGCCCGAUGAACUAGCUGUGGCUUCGGUGUGUUGUAUUCUGGUAGUAGUGCUGUACAUCGCCAUCUUGAAUAUGAAAAAUUACUGAAGG